CCGUGUUUUGUAGAAGAAGAUGGGUGUCAACGCGUCUCGAGCUCACGGUGAAGGCGAGCAGCCCGAGUCGCCGCGAGCUGUGUGAGCUGAGCGGCUCGCUGAAACCCCCGUACGUUUCAACAACAACAACAACAACAACAACGCAACAAUCAGACCCCUCUCUCUCCCGGGGAAGAUGUGGCUAACGCCAGAGGAGGUGCCGGUGAAGAGCGCGCUGAAACUCUGGGUAACGGAGAAAUACAACGGCUUCUUUCUGCUGCAGCGCAGGAGGGGGCACGGGGAUACCGGCGGAAAAUUCACAGGGAUGCUGGUCGGGGCCCUGGAUACUGUGUUGGAUUCUAAUGCACGUGUCACUCCAUUCCGGAUCGUUCUACAGGCGCCCGGCUCACAAGUCAGCUGGGUUAUUGCCAGUGGGGCCUCUCUUGAGGAAGUUAAAACACACUGGUGUUGGUUGGAGGUCAAUCUGCUGGACUCUCUCUCUGUGUUUGAGAACAAGGAUGACAUCACCAGCUUCGUCAACGGCAAGAUCAAGGGCCUGAUAGCUGAUGAAUCUGGCGGACAGCAGGACCCUGAGGGCUACCGUGAGGCGGUGGUCCGUCUGGAGCAGCGCUUCGGUCUGCCCCCGAGAGAGAAGCUCAUCGCUCGGCUCACGUGCUGCCUCUGGAAGACUCACGUCCCCCGCCAGGGCUGGAUGUACCUCACACACAACCACAUGGCCUUCUACUCAUACCUGCUGGGCAAGGAAGUGAAGCUGUUGUUGCCGUGGGCGGAGGUGACGGGGGUGGAGCGCGUGUGCGUCGGCCGGGUAACGGAUGUGUUGCGCGUGCGCACCAGAACACGCCAGCGAGACUUCUCCAUGUUUCUGAGCAUGGACGACGCCAUGGCAACCAUCACGCAACUCACUGACCUCGCCCUGCGCAGGGUCUUACCCACCGCUGGACUGAGGACGCCACACACACUCAUACACACAGCACUCACAAAGAGGGCACUGGAGGACCACGCCCUCACUCAGGAUGUGUUGUCCCUCUUUGGCCUGCCGCGGACUGAGAGUGUGUGUGAGGUGCGAGUGUGUGCCCUGUGGACCCCACACCUCCGCUCACACACACACGGAACUCUCUACGCCACAGACAGCUACCUCUGCUUCAGCAGCCGAGAGCCAGGAGUGUGUUCUCUUAUCAUCCCUCUGUCUGAGGUGUUGUCGGUGGAGAAGGCGGAGACGUCGAGUGUGUUGCCAGACCCGGUGAUUGUGAGCGUCCGCGGUCGGCGUGCGUUUCAGAUGGUGGGUGUGUGUGACCGCGACACACUCCUGGAGGCCGUGACCGACAGACUGCGCAUGCUACGCUGGAAGCACGCCAUUUAUAAAGGACAACACUCGCAACACACACCACUGAUCUCCCCGACCCCCUACUACACGUUUUGUUAUGACACGGAUGGAGAGGCAGACAAAUCCCAGAGACACGUCAUCAGUACCCGCCCCCUCAUCUCUCUCAACCAAUCACGUAUGCCAAAGCACAAGACCGCUGCUGAGCGUCGUAAGGAGGCCUUGUGGGAGGAGCGCUUUGAGGAGUUUGGACGCGGCACACACAUGUUCCGCACCGCCUGCCUACACAAGCUGGUUGCCAUGGGGAUCCCUGAGUCGCUACGGGGAGACUUGUGGCUCACGCUCUCAGACGCGAGCUCGGAGCUGGCGGCCCACCCCGGCUACUACGCGCAGCUGGUGGAGCGCUCGCUGGGCGAGGUCACCGUGGCGACGGACGAGAUCGAGCGCGACCUGCAUCGCUCCCUUCCGGAACACCCCGCCUUCCAGAGCCCCUUUGGCAUCGACGCGCUUCGGAGAGUCCUGAGGGCCUACGCACACCACAACACACACAUCGGAUACUGCCAGUCCAUGAACAUCCUGGCCUCUGUGCUGCUGCUGUACGCCAAAGAGGAGGAGGCCUUCUGGCUCCUGGCCACCGUGUGUGAGAGGAUGCUGCCCGACUACUUCAACCGCCAAGUCAUAGGGGCACAGGUGGACCAGUCUGUGUUUGAGGAGUUGUUGCGUGAGCGUGUUCCAGACCUGUCUCAGAAUGUUCCGGACCUGUCUGCGCUGGCGUCGGUGUCGUUGUCAUGGUUCCUGACGCUCUUCCUGAGCGCGCUCCCCCUGGCCAGCGGAGUGUGUGUGCUCGACGGCUUCUUCUGCCUCGGCGCCCGACUCAUCUUCCAGCUCGCGCUGUGUGUGUUACACACCAACACACACACACUCUGCAGCAGCAGCGACGAGGGACACGCACUCAUGAUCCUCACCAGCUUCCUUGAGCAGGUCAGGCAUGACGAGGAGGAGUGUGCAUGUGCAGAUGAAGCAGCAGUUCCAGCUGAACACACACAUAUCACGGCACUGCUCAAAGAGGCCUACGAGAGGUAUGGUGAUAUCAGUGCAAGGCAGUUAGAAAGGCUGAGGUGUCGUCAUCGCAUCCAGGUGCUGCAGUCUCACGAGGACACCACCAAAGAGAACGCAAUCAGACUGGUGACCCCUGAAGUGUCUCUAUCUGCUGAGGAGCUCUCUGACCUCUACGACUUCAUCAAGACUGCGCAUCUGAUCAGUGUGUAUUGGGGAGACGGCGUGUGUGUGUCAGGUGUGUGUGGUGAAGGCUACCAGCUGGACCUCCCGCAGUUCGAGAGCGUGUAUGCCGCACUGUCGCCAUGGCAAGAGGGGGCGCACACGGAUACGGUUGCUAGGCGCACCUUCACACUGCUGGACCAAAACCAGACCAACCUGCUAACCUUCACACAGAUCGCACACUGGCUGGACACCCUAUACCGUGAGGAGUUGAAUGUGAAGAUUAAGUGGUUGUAUCGCCUUCAUAUUCCUCCAGCCCUGAUGGAUGGCGAGGAUGACUCCUCCCCCUUGAAGUCGCCACUGCUGUCGACCGCAAGACCCCUUCACGUAGACCGACCAAACGGUGAGAGUGGCUAUGAGGAGCAGCUGAAGCAGAUGUUAAAGGAUCUGGCCAAAGAGAAGGAGAAGGAUGCAGAGAAGCCACUGCCUCCAAUGAACCAGAGGGAGUUUAUCCAGUUCUGUAAGACGCUCUCCAACAUGUUCCACGGAGAUCCCGAGGAGAGCGAGCUCUUCCAGGCCAUCGCCAUGGUAACCAGUCUGUUGCUGCAGAUCGGUGAGGCGGGGCUGCGUGGCGCUGCCUUGGGGGCGGGGCCGGGGCCGGAGGGCGACGCGGCGCGUGCUGAUUGGACGGUGAGCCUGGCACAGAUCCUGGCGUCGCUCCUGACCGAGCCGGCACUGGUGGCCUUCUUCGAGCGGCCCGCCGGCCUGCAGGCACGCCUCGCCAUGGCAACGCAGCAGCAGUACCAGCAGCGGGCCGGCAUGCUGGAGCUGGAGCACGCUUAGAGAGGUGCAUCAUGGGAGGACCGGGGGAGCAGGACUCCCCGAGUAGAAGACUACAUCUCCCAGAAGCCUUCUGUCUACACUGCAUUUCCUGUAAGCAGGACCAUCUAAGAGACUUCAUCUCCCAAAGCCCUCCAUGCUAAGACUACAACUCCCCAAAGCCCUCCAUGCUAAGACUACAACUCCCCAAAGCCCUCCAUGCUAAGACUACAACUCCCCAAAGCCCUCCAUGCUAAGACUACAACUCCCUGAAGCCCUCCAUGCUAAGACUACAACUCCCCAAAGCCCUCCAUGCUAAGACUACAACUCCCCAAAGCCCUCCAUGCUAAGACUACAACUCCCCAAAGCCCUCCAUGCUAAGACUACAACUCCCCAAAGCCCUCCAUGCCAAGACUACAACUCCCUGAAGCCCUCCAUGCUAAGACUACAUUUCCCAUCACCCCUGAGCCUGCCAUAAUCCUUCUGAGAAAAACUCUCAAAAGGAUUUGCCAUAAACUGACUAUCUGACUUCAUCUGACACACACACACACACACACACACACACACACACAUCCCAUGAUCACCCUGAAGCCUGAAACUGUGACACUGUUUCUGUGUCUCUCAUUGUAAUGUGUGUCUGUCUUUCUGCGUCAGUCUUCUUCUUCUCUCUGUGUGUGUGUGUGUGUGUGUGUGUGUGUGUGUGUGUGUGUGUGAGAGAGAGACAGUGUGCAGUGGCUGUCAGUCACACUCAUGUUUACAACUCAAAUGGUUUAGAAAUAUUUGCUGAAGAACUUAUGAAUCAUUCAUUGGACCAUCGCUUGUCUUACGUCGGAAUGUGAGAUCUCAACAGAUCAGACAUCACACACACACACACACACACUCACACACACACACAAGCCUUAACCUCCUCCUACUGUGAAUGAUAUGUGUGUGUUCGGGAGGCUGUAUGUGCUGUAAGGACUAUACGGUGUUCAGUAUGUCUUCCUCAAUAUUAAUCACACACACACACACACACAUACACGUAAUAUAUGGCUGUCUUUUGAGAUUGUGAAGCACGCACGCAAACACACACACACAGAGGCACCUAUACACUUGUGUAAGUGUAUUUUGUGUGGGUGUGUGUGUGUGUGUGUCUGUGUGUUGUCUUUACAUAUAUAAAUAUGAGUUCCACAGAGUUCCCCUCUGUGAUGUGAUGCUGCCUUUUACUGUUUAACGUUUUUACACCAAAGCUGGAGAAGAUGCCAAGGAAAUGUUUGUUUGUGUGUGUGUGUGUGUGUGUGUGUCACCUAAGGAAACUGGUCUGGUUCUAGAAUGAUUUGUUGCAACAAGUUGCUGGUUUCAAGUAGUUGCAGCUCAUCUCGUCACCAAUCUUUGGAGACACGCACAGUCACACACACACACACACACACACACACACACACACACACCCUGUAAAUGCUUUCUGACCUGUGUGUUCUCACUGCUUGUAUACACUGGCCAUAUUACCUUUGUCUGACAUGUACACAGCUUUGUGAAAUGCUUUUCAAACACACAUUAAAAGGUUGUAAGAA